CAUGUCACGUGUUUAUUCUGGGCGGUUCUUAAACUCUCCGUUACAUGACCGUUGUCAUUUCUUCUUGGUGCAGAGCAUAAGUCAUCCGUGGUAUGUGACGGUCCAAACACAACGAUCAUCAAUUUAAUCGGCACUAACUAAAGCAAAAAGAGCAAAGUAAUCAAACGGAAAGGAAAUAUUUCCUUAGAUUUGUUUCCAGAGGAUUCUUGCUCGCGGCAGCAAAGAGAGAGCACGAACAGUGGGUUUGCGUUAUUUCUAGCAAAGCUAGCUCACAGACCGUCCUGCAUUCCUGUCUCUGGGUCGUGUGCAUGUUGUUGUGAUUCGCAUUGGCAAACAACCGAAUAAAAAUAUGAAACAACAUAGCCGCAAACAACCCUUGUUCCUGGCGUUCAUCGCGUUUUUAGCGGUCACGUUGCAUCAGAGCUUUGCUGCCACUGAUGUCCCGCCCACUGCUGCUGCCCCUCAAACCACGGCUCCGCCUCCUGCGCCCCCAGCCCGGCCUGAGAGGGGCAACUACACUGUAACCAACGUCAAUGGGACCGUCUGUCUGAUGGCCCGCAUGGGACUGCAGCUCAACAUCCGCUUCAGCUCUGCCUCUCUCAAUAAUACUGUGCAAGACGUGUUGAACCUCCAGCCCAACGUGACUAAGAGCUCAGGGUCAUGUGACUCAGACAGUGCCACCCUGCUGCUGAUGGCUGAGGAGAAAACCAACCUCACCUUCCUUUUCUCCCUGAAUACCACGUCCAGUAAGUACCACCUGAGUGGAGUGACUCUGUCUGCAGCCUGGCCGGACAUGAGUGAGCCCUUCUCAGCCAGUAACAGUAGUCUGGACUACCUGCGUGGUACCCUGGGGCGUAGUUACAUGUGUCGUGAGGAGCAGACUCUGGCUGUGGCUGUGAACUUCUCUCUCAACACCUUCCAGCUGCAGGUGCAGCCCUUCGGCCUAACCGGGGACCAGUUUGGAGCAGCGGAGGAGUGUCAGCUGGAUGAGGAUGACAUGUUGAUCCCCAUCAUCGUGGGCACUGCGCUGGCCAGCCUGGUCCUCAUCGUCCUUGUGGCCUACCUUAUCGGCAGGAAGAGGAGCCACGCCGGGUACCAGACUAUCUGAGAUUACUUCCUGUCAAUUGACCCCCCCCCCCCCCC